ACCCCGGCGCCAUGUGACUACCUCUUUCCCGUAGGUGGGGCGGGGCACUGAAAGGGGCGGUCCAGGACCCUGACUUGUCUCGCGGUUACUGGGCCGGCACGAGCGCGCGAGGCUCGGGGGCGGCACGGGGCGGGGUUUAGCCUGGGGCGGGUGCUGCGGGUGUUUGCAGGGCGUCGCUGUGCUAGCUAGGUUGAGGUCGUGCCGGGUGGGGCGGUCGCACCGGAAGUGGAUCUGGCCGUGGCGCUUCGGCGUAGUAAGGAGCCUGCGAUAGAAUUUUGUUGUUUAGGGGGCGCGGCACCGCACCGCUUCUUUCAGCUUCCUUGCAGCUGCCAUGGCGAAAGGCAGAGUCGCCGAACGCUCGCGGACGGGCGCUCACCACACGACCCCCGUGGGGGACGGGGCAGCGGAGACGCGGGGUCCCGCGGCGCCUGGCCGCAGAGAUCACCAGAAGGAAAAAUCCUGGGCAGAAGCUGGAUCAGCAAGAAUGUCACUCCUUAUAUUGGUGUCCAUUUUCUUAUCUGCAGCUUUUGUUAUGUUUUUGGUAUAUAAAAAUUUUCCUCAGCUUAGUGAAGAAGAAAGAGUGAAUAUGAAGGUUCCCAGAGAUAUGGAUGAUGCCAAGGCUCUAGGAAAAGUUUUAUCCAAAUAUAAGGACACCUUUUAUGUUCAAGUACUUGUAGCUUAUUUUGCUACAUAUAUUUUUUACCAGCUUGCAAACAUUUGCUAUUCCAGGCUCUAUAUUUCUCAGUAUACUUUCAGGGUUUCUUUAUCCCUUUCCACUGGCCUUAUUUCUUGUUUGUUUGUGUUCUGGACUUGGUGCCUCUUUUUGUUACAUGCUUUCCUAUUUAGUUGGGAGACCAGUUGUAUACAAAUACCUAACAGAGAAAGCAGUAAAAUGGUCACAGCAGGUUGACCGUCAUAGAGAACAUCUCAUUAACUACAUUAUAUUUUUGAGAAUAACACCAUUUCUGCCUAAUUGGUUUAUUAAUAUCACAUCUCCUGUGAUAAACGUGCCAUUGAAAGUUUUUUUUAUUGGUACUUUUCUAGGUAAGGCCUCUGGUUCUUGCCGUGUAUGAGCUCACUGUGUACAUAUCUAACA